AUAUCUAUAUCGGAAAGAAAAAGUAAAAUAAAGAAAGGAAAGUCUGCUAUGUAAUAAAAGAAGAAUUAAUAAAAGAGUAUUUAUUUAUUUUAUUUUAUUGCUAAAUUUUGAUCCCUUUUCCACUUCUGUUGAGCAUCCCGAGCUGCUGUGAUCUACUAUCUCUGUGUAUCGUUUGAUCCCUCGAUUCGAUUCUCCGAGAAAACAACGGCGAAGCUUUCCCGCGUGGGAGCUUGCUUGAUGUCUAUAUGGUUAUUGAGGUGCUGAGGUUUGUAUUGAGUUAAGAUAGUAAGAGAUGAGUUACACGGCUGAGAGUGAUGAUGAUGGUAUGCACUCACCAGCUGGUGAUAGUAUUGGUUAUGGAUGCAAGAGCAGAGGGAAAGGAAGUGUUCUGAAGAAAGGACCGUGGACUUCGACGGAAGACGGGAUUUUGAUUAAUUAUGUGAGGAAGCAUGGAGAGGGUAACUGGAACGCUGUGCAGAAAUACACGAGCCUGGCUCGUUGUGGGAAAAGCUGUCGUCUCAGGUGGGCUAAUCAUCUGAGGCCGAACUUGAAGAAAGGAGCGUUUAGCCAAGAAGAGGAACGGCUCAUUGUUCAAAUGCAUGCCAAGAUGGGGAAUAAAUGGGCACAGAUGGCUGAACAUUUGCCAGGCCGAACAGAUAAUGAGAUAAAGAAUUAUUGGAACACUCGUAUCAAGAGGCGACACCGAGCAGGCUUACCACUUUACCCUCCUGAACUCCACGUUGAAGACCUGCAGUGGAGUGAGGAGUAUAUCACGAGCAAUGUCACCAGGGUGAAUAGAAGAAGACAUCAUCAAGAUAUCUUGCAGUUGGGGAAUUCCAAAGCAGAUGUCUUGUUUGACGAUCUUAAUUUUGCUACCAGCUUGUUACCUGGAGCUUCUGACGUAUUAGAUAUGUUCACAUGCAACAUGUUAGGAACUGGUGCAAGUAGUUCCCCGUACGAAAGCUACAUGCCACCAAUACUGCCUUCCCCAAAGCAGCUCCGAGAAUCUGGAUCUCUGUUUCCCAUGUGCAGCAGUAACAUAAAGCAAGAGUUCCACUCUCCAGAACCUUUUCAGAAUCCUAGAUCUUGCAGUAUCUCGCCUUGUGAUGUUGGUCAUCAUUCUCCUUACGGAAACCAACAUCCAUCUGAUGUGAUGAUUUCAGAUAGCCAUGCCUUUACGGAUGGCAUGCUUCCUACUUCUAAGCCCUUGUUUGGGGCAGUGAAGCUGGAGCUCCCUUCAUUCCAAUAUUCAGAGACUAGUGGAUUUGAUCAGUGGAAGACGACACCGUCACCUCCACACUCAGAUCCUCUUGACUCUGUUGAUGCUUAUAUUCAAUCUCCGCCACCGUUGGAGAUAGAGAAAGACGAGUCAAACUGUUUCUCGUCAUGCGACACUGGUCUACUAGAUAUGUUACUUCCCAAUGCCAAGAUCAAAACUAGUGCAAAGCGUAGUUUGGCUCUCCCCGAGAUUCCAAUCCCCACGCAACUUAGUGCGGGUGAAAAUUCACCAGAUUCUGCAGGGAACGUUGUGAAGACAGAAGAGUUGGAUCAGGUUUGGGAACCAAAGAGAGUUGAUAUAACACGGCCUGAUGUUUUACUUGCAUCGAGCUGGCUAGACCAACAAGGCUGUUUCGGGAUUGUUAGAGACUCGAGCAACAUGAGUGAUGCACUUGCGCUUCUUCUCGGUGGUGAAGACAUUGAAAACAGUUACGUGACUGUUGGGUCAUCAUCAUCAGGUCAAGCACAACAAGGAGUUGAGUCUUGCACAUGGACUAAUAUGCCUCCUGUUUGGUCCUUAUAACAACAUGAACCACAUCACAGUUUGAUCUUUCUGUAUUUUUCAUGCUAUACUUCACUUCCUUCGAGGACUUCAUGGUUUGUUAUAGUUGGGACUUGAGAAAAGAUUUAUGAAGUUAAGAAAAGUAAAACUCUGUAUGAUUUUGAUUCUCUCUGGCCAUUAUACUUUGAUUUGUUUGGUUUA